GUUCUGAUGGGCAUUCAGCUACCGAUAGCCGUCCGGCGAAGGCUCACUGCUUACUUCCCAACCCACGGCAGGAAUAAUAUGAAUCCCGCUUCCGCUAGCUUAGGCUGCUUGUCAACAUUUGAACCGAUAUCCACUCAAGGUUCAAAAUUCUUUUUGCCCACGUCAUCUACACAGCUCCGCUGCCUUCUCAGAGGUGUCCAGCGUGUACCACAGUCUCCGUCACAAUCGUGACUCAACGCCUCAAGCUCAAGAUGGCUGCGCUCAACCCUCUUGCAGCUGAAUUCGAACCAAAGACAGAGGAAUCGCUCGGACAAGGUAUUGGCAAGAGCGCCAUGGAGCGGCUUGACGAGACAGAUGCACGCGUCCCUGAGCUGAAGCUUCUGACCGAGUUCCACCCCUUCCCUCGCAUGCCUAUCGAGCUUAGACUCAAGACCUGGAAGUUUCACAUGCCUGAUGCGCGCAUCGUAGAGCUCAAGUAUUGCAAAAAGAUCUUCCAUCCUAUCUCUCCGACCCCGGCUCCAGCCUCGUUGCACGUUUGUCGUGAGUCCCGUACAGAAGCCCUCGAGCAUUACGUGCUCCUGCACAAUCCUCACUAUUUGACUCCCCGCAUCUUCAUCAAUCCCCAAAUCGAUACUCUCUACUUCUCUGAGAAGCGCGGAGGCGAAUUCAACGAGGUUUUCACGGUGGAUGAGUGUACUUACUUCGACUACUUCAAGACAAUGACCAAGAGUAUCCACACCUCUGUCUUGACCAACCUGCGCCGAAUCGCCCUCAUCGAUGAAUCCUACCUUCUGAAUUUGGAAUGGGACGACGAGCGUGAAGAUGUCUUCAACUUGACUAAAUUCACCAAUCUCGAAAUUGCCGUUAUGGCUAUCGAUUUUGGUAAGAAUAUUGUCGGUCCAGUAAAGUUGGUUGAGGUCACCUGGGGUGAAUGUCCAAUUCAUACCGAACUCGGACGCCCUCACCCUGACUACGACGAUGAUGAAGUUCUGCACAGUUGCAACCUUUGCGGCUGCCCCUUCAUCAAGGAGGUGCUUCUCGAGUUGAAUAUGGACCACAUCUACUUCGAGCAAUUGAAGGAAGGUCUCCGCGGUAUGUUCACCAAUUUUGGGAAGAAACUUCCGAGCUGGAAGGUUCCGAAGGCCAAGACUAUGGUAUUAGCCGAGAAGAAGAGGGAUGUCAAGAAGGGCUCGUUUGAGUUUCAUUUCAAGAAGCCGAAGCUCAUACCUGGAGGCAAACCACGUAUUCCAGAGUGGGCCAACAUCAGUGGGGGAGGAGAGCGAGUCAUUCGGAUGGAGUGUCCCAGACCUCGUUCCGGCUCUUUCUAGACAACCGAUCAGUCAAAGGCUUCUAUUCCUAGGCACCUGAUUUGUCAAGAAUGUCUCUUUCCAGGCAAUUGGUUCGUUAAAAUAAAAAAAAGGCGUUUGUAUCGGGGAUAGUACUAGGGGAAGAUGAGCCUAGUUUCAGGCGAGAGAGAAACAGUCUUUGUGUACUUUGGCGUGACUAGUAGUCUUCAAGAAAACUCUCCUGUGUAUCUCGAGCUCUCUUAUGCUGUGCGGGAUCUGGAAUUGUGGCUAGGGAGGGAUUGUACUGUACAAAGUAUCACAAUAAUUUGCAUUAGCAAAGCUGGUUAUGCGACUAAAUCUUGGGCGUGCAGCAAGUGAUGAA